AGCGUCCCGCUUGACAGUGGUAAACAGACGUCAGAAGGGAGUCUUCGCGUCGAGUCAAAACAAAACAAACGCCAACAAACUAGAAAAGAGCCCCGAGGAGCGCAUCUCCGGACCACCGGGGACGACGACGACCCCCCAGCCGAGUCGUCGCCGCCACCAAACGGCCACUUCGGGAGAGGUCUUACGGGCUUUCGGCGGACUUUUUCGGCGCCUCGCAAACUCCGGAGUAGCAGGAGCUUAAGCGGCUAACGUGACCGGUGGGCGACCCGGCGCUUGUUUUCCCCCAAAAGUUUGGAGCCUCACUCGGGGUGGGGUGGGGGGGGGGACUCGCUCGUCUCCUCCGCCGAAGAGGGUUAUUAUUAUUAUUAUUACUUUUUUUUUUCGGUGACUAGUCGAAACCGAGGCGAGGACGUCGCGCGCGGGGAGGGAGAAGCCCGGCGCGGCGAGCUCCGGGGCCUCGGCGGAGUCGGAGGCGUUUUGUAACUGCCUCUCGUGGCAUCGUGUGCGGCGCCACGAGUGGACAAUCAUGGCAGACGGCGACAUGUGGCGGAGUGUGCACACCUAAAAAAAAAAACACACCGCCGCGCAUUCUUUUACUCGCUCACUCUUAAGCGGAAGUAACGAGCAGGCGGAGAUGGAGGAGAAGAUCGCCAUGGAGGAUUUGCUGGUGCCUCCCAUCGACCCGGAUUUCGAGCCACAGAGCCGGCCCCGCUCGUGCACGUGGCCUCUGCCCCGGCCGGACAUCUCGGCCGCCAAGCAGGAAACCCCCGACGGCGCCGAGUCCGCCGCCAGAACCCCGCCGGCCGACGACGAGAACCCGGAAUCGCAGCAGCAGCAGCGGCGGCAGGUGUCGGCGUCCGAGCCGGAGAAGACGGCGGGGGCCGGGGCGACGCCCGACGCCGCGGCCGUCGGUGGCGUGACGCCCCGCAAGGGUUCGUCCAGGCGCAACGCGUGGGGGAACCAGAGCUACGCCGACCUGAUCAGCCAGGCCAUCGAGAAUUCCCCCGACAAGAGGCUGACGCUGGCGCAGAUCUACGAGUGGAUGGUGAAGACCGUCCCUUACUUCCGAGACAAGGGGGACAGCAACAGCUCGGCCGGGUGGAAGAAUUCCAUCCGCCACAAUCUGUCCCUGCACAACAAGUUCUUGAGAGUUCACAAUGAGUCGACGGGCAAGAGCUCCUGGUGGAUGCUCAACCCCGAGGGGGGCAAAACGGGCAAAGCGCCUCGACGCCGCGCCGCCUCCAUGGACAACAGCAGCAAGCUGCUGAAGAGCCGCAUGCGCGCCAAGCAGACCAAGAAGCAGGCGGGGGCCGGCGCCGGCGGCGGAGGGGCGCUGCAGGGCGACGGCGCGACGGGGGCCGGGGGCGCCGAUAGCCCCAACUCGUCCCAGCAGUUCCCCAAGUGGGGGGUGAACAGCAGCAGCCCCUCGUCCCGCGGAAGCCUGGACGACUCGGACAUGUGGACCAGCUUCCGACCCCGCACCAGCUCCAACGCCAGCACCCUGAGCGGGCGGCUGUCGCCCAUCGCGCCCGGGCAGGAGGACGACGACAAUCUCCCCGAGGACGGGCUGCUGGGCCGCUACGCCGCCAGCGCCCUGACGCCCACCCUUGCCGAGACCCUCAUGGAGGAGCUGGACCUGAUCGACGGGCUGACUCUGAUGAGCGGCCAGCAAGGCGGAGCCAGUCCCAGCACGGCCCCUCCGGCGCCGCCCACCCCGCUGCCGUCCGCCGCCACCCUGCUCCCCCGCGGCUCCUCAUCCUUCUCCCCCUUUCAUCAGCUGCAGGGGCCGCAGACCCCUCCCCAGGCAUCCGUGGGGCCUGCCGGCAAGGACGCCGCCGCCCCCGCCUUCGGCAACUCCCUCUUCAAUUCCUCUCACAGUUCCGCCCCCCGCUACGGUACCCACGUGCCCUCCAGCCUGGAGGUGCUGCUCACCUCCGACUCUCCCCCUCCCACGGACGUCCUCAUGACGCAGGUGGACACUCUGGUGCCUGCCCCUGCGGGCCUCAUGGGCUUGGGCUCCCCGGUGGGGGGCGUGAGGCCCAAACCCACUCAGCUGCUGCUGGGUAAGAGCCUGGAACCCAACGCGGGGGGCCCUCGGACCCUGCAGGGUCCCAUGCAGCACCACCUGCACCAUCAGCAGCAGCACCAGCAGCACUCCUCUCUGGGUCUGGGCAUGAUCCUCUCCGGCAUGUCCCAAGACCCGCUGCAGAUGCCCGGCCUCAAGGCGCAGCACGCCGCCCCUCACCACCCCGUCCCCGCUCCCAUGCAGGGCGUCGGACUCUUCGGUGCGCCGCACGGCUUUCAGGCGGCGCCGGACCGGCUCCCCACCGAUCUGGACGUGGACAUGUUCACCGAGAAUCUGGACUGCGACGUGGACUACAUCAUCAACAGCGACCUCAUGGACGGAGACAGCAUCGACUUCAACUUCGACCCCAUCCUGCCCGCGGGGCAAGGCUACGCCGGGCCCGCCCCCACGCAGGGGUCCGCCCACAGCUGGGUGCCCAGCUAAAGAGUUCGCCAGGAGAGGAGACCCCGUUUCCCCCACAACGUCACGUGCCAAGACCACGACCGACUAUGCACAUUUUUUUUUUGACCCUUCUUCCUCGUCGUCUUUAGCCCCGUUAAAAAAGAAAAAAAAAAAAUCACAACACGACAGAAGGGCCACUUUCUUCGUCAAGACUUUCUCAACUACGCCCGAUUGUCGGCAAGAUGUUGCGCGCAGACAUCUUUGGCGUGGAUGCCGGUACCCCCGACGCUUCGGUACCCUGUUGUCGGCCUCUGGACGGAGACUUUGUGUGCGUUUUGAAGAAAUGGCCAGUUUCUCGUGCAGGAUGAGCCUGCAGAUCGGUACGAAACGAUGACGCCGGCGAUCGUUUCCUGACUUUUUUUUUUUUUUAAUUCAACACUAAUUGCUAUGCGGGCAAUUGAGUUUUUAAUUGUAUUUUUCCACCUCCAUGCGGUGUGUAGUUAAGCAGGGUACACACAUAUUGAUAAUCGGAACACCUUUCUGCAGCUUUUCCACCCCCCACCCCCACCCUUCCAAUCAAAUUUUAACGCACGUCCGAAAAGAUUGUCCUGUGGUGUGGGCUGGGUUCAGAGGGAUUUACCCACUCCGAGUUAAUCGUAAUCGUAAAUGUUAAACCUGUUCAAGAUUUAGGAUACCAAAUCUUUGUGUGCGCGGUCAACGUCAAAUUGGGCUGAGCCACGGUGGGCGAUUGCGACGUGAAACGGAACGAUAGCUAAUUAAGCGAGGUCCUCUCAUACCGUUAAUUGGACCACGUUACUUCAUGUUUACCUUUUACGAUCAAAGUCAGCUAAGGUACGAUGAUCACAUAUCUCGAAAGGAUUAUUCUGAGUGAUUGUCGUGUGGUGUGUUCAGAGGCGUUUACCCAACCCGAUUUAAUCGGAAAAACAAUUAAGGCUGACACUCAUGUUAAACCUGUUCAACAUUUACGAUACCAAAUCUCUGUGUGCGCGGUCAACUUCAAAUUGGCCUGAGCGACAGUGUGCGAUAGUUACGCGAAACACAACGAUAGCUAAUUAAGCAAAGUCCUUUCAUACCGUUAAUUGGACAUUACUUCGUUUACUUUUUACAAACAUAGCUAAGGUACAAUUAUCACAUAUCCCUGAAGGAUUACUCUGAGUGAUUGUUGUGUGGUGUGUUGAGAGUGAUCCCCCCCCCCACUCUUAUUUAAUUUGAAUAACAGCCAAGGUUGAAUAUCUUAAAUGUUAAAUCUGUUUAACAUUUAACGAUUGCAAAUCCUCACGGGUGUGCUCAGCACCAAGUUGAGCCGAGCCCCCAGGUUGUGAUUGUGAGUUGAAUGAUAACCGGUAACGCAUGGUAAUAAUUGUAAGAAAUUGAAAUUUCAUUACAAACUUGGCAAAGGCCCGAUUGGUGGAUGUUUCGCAAAAAAUGAUCUUUUCCUGUGUGUUGUGUUCAGAGUGAUCUUUAUUCACCGAUCUGCUAGGAAAAUGGUCUGACAAUCGUUACUGUUAGGCCUGUUUAAUAUUUACAAUUGCAAGUCCUGCUGGAUGUUGCGCGAAGCUACGGAUUUCGUAAUUUUGAAAUUAAUUGGAACAUAGCCAAUUAAGCGGGGUAUGCACAUAUUGAUAAUCCAACAAAAUUUAAGAUUUUUUUUUUUCCCCACCUUGUACGAUCAGCGUUAGAUUUUGCACAAUUAAUCUAUUUGAAAGACGAUAGAGAGUGAUUCUCCGGGGGGGGGGGGGGUCUCUCCCAUCCAAUCAGAAAGUGGUUGGAGGCGACAAUCGUAAAUAUUGAAUAUUGAAUAUUGAAUUUCCGAUCACAAGUCCUUGGCCCGAGCCACGGUGAUCUGAAGCGAAAUGAAAACGGCAAACUGACAAUCAGUCCAAAUGUGAGCGUUUUUCCCUCCCCUUAAAGUCAGCAAAGGUGAAAUUAUCAUAUGUCUCUGAAAGAUUAUCCCGCGUGUGCGCAUCCCGUCGUGAGUGGUGUGUCAAGAAUGACUUUUUUUUCCCUUUCCCAACGUAAUCGGAAAGCGGUCGGGCCCGAUAAUUCCGAUUGCAAAUCCUCACGUGCGGUCCACACUGAGAUCGGGCGAGCCGCGAACUCCGCGAUUGCGACGCGAAACAAUCGAAUCUAUUUCUUCUUCUUAAACGGGCGUGGGUGGCUUGUGGCGCUACGCCGCCUCCCUCAGCUCAGUGUCGGUACUGCGACGUGGUUUUUCGCGCGAGAGCGACGUAUGUGUGUACCCCGCUUCAGACGUCACCAGGUGCAUUUGUUUAAAAAUACUCGGUGCAGUUGAACUAAUAAAAUGAAGUUAUGUUUAUAUUUAAA